UCACGCGUGUUCGUCAGAGGAGAACCUGUAAUAGAAAAAAAGAGAAGGGAUUCAGCAGAAGAAAUCUCACGCUUUGUCACCCAGUGACUACUCAAGGAGCAGAGCCGGAGUUUGUGCACGAUCUUCGGCGCUCGCGCCCGUGCAUUUGACCGAUGACUGGAUUUUGAACGCGGAGCUUGCGCUUGUGUUUAGUUGUUUAUUGUUUGUUUAUAUCAAGCACUGAGAUCAGGAGAGCAGCACAGAAGUUUCCACUCCUCUAACUACAGGAAUGUCCCAGAAGGAGAGACCGACUUUCUAUCAACAGGAGCUCAAUAAGACCAUAUGGGAGGUGCCGGAUCGCUACCAGAACCUGUCCCCUGUGGGCUCCGGAGCUUACGGAACCGUGUGCUCCGCGUUGGACACAAAGUCAGGCAUGAGGGUCGCCGUCAAGAAGCUGUCCCGGCCGUUCCAGUCCAUGAUCCACGCCAAGCGCACAUACAGAGAACUGCGGCUCCUCAAACACAUGAAACACGAGAAUGUAAUUGGUUUACUAGAUGCUUUCUCGCCCGCUACCUGUCUAGCAGGAUUCAAUGACGUGUAUCUGGUGACCCACCUCAUGGGAGCAGACCUCAAUAAUAUCGUCAAGUGCCAGAAGCUGACAGAUGAUCACGUCCAGUUCCUCAUUUAUCAGAUCCUGCGAGGCCUGAAGUAUAUUCACUCAGCAGACAUCAUCCACAGAGAUCUUAAACCCAGUAACUUGGCUGUAAAUGAAGACUGUGAACUCAAGAUUCUGGACUUUGGGCUGGCCCGGCUGACUGAUGAUGAAAUGACGGGAUACGUUGCCACCCGAUGGUACCGUGCCCCAGAGAUCAUGCUCAACUGGAUGCACUACAACAUGACAGUGGACAUCUGGUCGGUGGGCUGCAUAAUGGCUGAGCUCCUCACAGGACGGACCCUGUUUCCCGGCACCGAUCAUAUUGAUCAGUUGAAGCUUAUCUUGAUGCUCGUCGGACCCCCAGAGCCAGAGCUCUUGAUGAAAAUCUCUUCAGAGUCUGCCAGGAACUACAUCAAUUCUCUUCCUUAUAUGCCCAAGAGGAACUUCGCAGAUGUGUUUGUUGGUGCAAACCCAAUGGCUGUGGACCUGCUGGAGAAGAUGCUCGUUUUGGACACAGAUAAACGGAUAACUGCGUCGCAGGCUCUCGCGCACCCGUACUUCGCCCAGUACCACGACCCGGACGAUGAGCCCGAGGCAGAGCCCUACGACCAGAGCUUCGAGAGCCGCGAUCUGGACAUCGAAGAGUGGAAACGGCUCACGUAUGAAGAGGUGAUCAGCUUCGAGCCUCCCGUGUUCGACGGAGACGAGAUGGAGUCGUGAAGGCUGCUCCACCUCCAGGACCUUCAUUCAUACAGGAAAAUGACAUUCAAGUGCCUGCCAGUGCUGGCUUCCUCAUGUUCUGAGACCGCUCAUCCAUGCCUUCAUAGACGCUCUGUCAAAUAAGGGCGAAGAAAAAAACAUGCAAACUUUUAAAACAGGACAGAGAGAAUGUAAGGCUUUGUGUCCUGUGCCCCAGUCAGUUAAAGCCCACAUAAUGUCUUCAUUUACUUGCCUCGUGUUUUUCUAAACCUGUAUGAGUUUCUUUCAUCUGUUGAACAAAACAGAAGAUAUUUUGAAGAAUGUUGGUAACCAAACAGUUUCUGGUAGCCAUUGACUUCCAUAGUAUUAUUGGAAGUCAAUGGCUAUUGGCAACUGUUCAGUCACUCAUACCUGAUUGGAAUGACUUCAGGGUGAGAAAAUGACAACAUUUUCAUUUUUGGGGUAACUAUCCCUUUAACGACUUUUUUGGACAGAACACACACACACACACACACACACACA